AUGACACAUUCCAUGCAGACAGCAGAACAUUUCAGGCAACUUAGACGCAUUUCACUUGGAAUUGAAACAAAAUGGAUAAAAAAAAAUACGCUACCCAUCGAUGCUGAUGUUAAAAAUGAUCGUGAAAAUUGGUCUGGAAAAUUGGACUUCUUAAUGUCUUGUAUAUCAGUAUCAGUUGGUUUGGGUAAUAUAUGGAGGUUUCCAUUCAUCGCAUACGAAAAUGGGGGAGGAGUUUUUCUGGUACCAUACAUAAUUUUGUUAUUUUUUAUUGGUAAACCUAUGUACUACAUGGAAGCUCUUUUGGGCCAGUUUGCCAGUAAAAGUUCUGUGAGGAUGUGGUCUUCUUGUCCAAUAUUUAUGGGAGUGGGCAUCGGGCAAGCAAUAGCGACGUUUGCCGUUUUAACGUACUAUUCGGCUUUAAUAGCGGUAACUAUUUAUUACUUCAUUGUAUCAUUUCAAUCGCCCUUGCCAUGGGCGUAUUGUAGGGAAGAUUGGGUAAACUGCGUCGGCUCCAGUCUCUCAAACCGUGAAAAUGUUACCUCAAGUGAAAAAUUACAAAGCAGCUCCGAGUUAUAUUUCAGUAAAACUGUGUUGAGAGAAUUGGACGAUAUAUCUGAAGGGAUUGGAAUUCCAAGCUGGCGACUUAUAUUAACUCUUUUGCUUUCUUGGAUAGUUACAUAUUUAAUUUUGAUCAAAGGUAUGAGAAGUUUGGGAAAGGUUGCAUACAUUUUGGCACUAUUCCCCUACGUAAUCCUAAUAACAUUGCUAAUAAGGGCUGUGACUUUAGAGGGGUCUGUUGACGGAAUUAUAUUUUUUCUAAAACCUGAAUGGGAUAAAUUGCUUAAUAUGAAGGUGUGGAAAGAAGCAGUAGUUCAGUGUUUCUUCUCUUUAGCUGUUUGUUUUGGACCGAUUGUGGCGUUUUCGUCACAUAAUCAAUUUCGUUACAAAGUUUACAGAGAUGCUAUGAUUGUUACAACAUUGGACACCAUUACAUCUCUUGUAGCUGGCAUUACUAUUUUUGGAAUACUAGGAAAUUUAGCGCUUAAUCUGAAUGCACCAAAUAUUGGAGAAGUGGUGCGCAGUGGCACUGGAUUAGCAUUUAUUUCAUAUCCUGAUGCAAUUGCCAAAUUCAAAUUUGUGCCACAGCUUUUUUCGGUUUUAUUUUUUUUCAUGCUUUUUGUUCUCGGGAUCGGUACCUUAGCGGCACUACAAAGUGCUUUAGUAACUAUUAUCUGUGACCAAUUCAAAUUAAAAAGGUUCUGGCUUGCCUCAUUGAUAACAACAAUAAUCGAAUUUGGCAUUAGUAUACUAUAUGUAACGCCGGCUGGACAAUGGAUUCUAAAUCUUGUGGACUAUUUUGCUGGAACUUACAUAGUGUUCUCUCUGGCAGUUUUUGAAAUAGUCGGUAUAACUUGGUUCUACGGUCUGCGUAACUUUUGUGAUGACGUAGAAUUCAUGACUAACCGUAAAGUGUCCAUUUACUGGCGGCUAUAUCAUCCAACUAUAAACAAUAUCUAUUAUAUGAAGAAUGUAUUAAUAUGUGUCAUUGCAGUUGUCGGCUGGAUAUUAUUAUUAAUUGGAUUUCUUCAAUUUCCCUUGUGGGGUAUUUGGUACUUGUAUGUUCACAAAGAAGCCACCUUCAAAAAAACCAUCAAAAAAGCGAUAUCUCCGAGUCAGAAGUGGGGCCCAAUGGACCCAGAAAUAUAUGUGGUAUGGCUGCAGCACAAGGAAUUUCUAAAGAGGUUGCGGGAAAAAGAGAGAAAUGAAAAGGAGCUUAGCAAGUUUAAACAAAAUAUUUAUUAUCUAAUAGGCAUAUCGAAAUAAGGCUAAUAAAUGGUAAUAAAAGUG